AUUCACAGCAUAUGGUAUAUAUGAAACCUACAAUAUGAAAGAUAUUCUGUGUUUUGAAAUGAGCUGGUGGAAAAUGAUCACGUCGUAUGAAUAUCAUCAGAAUCUUUCAGUCAAGGAAUGGUUACGGAAAGCUUUAGAGAUAACUCCAGAGAAUUUGGAAGAUCUUCUAACCUAUGAUGAUCUGUUCUUGGACUACUUCAAUGCUUUCCUGGCCUUACCAGUGUUCCCUCAAGCUUUGGCUUACGACAGACUGACUGGUGCCUUUGAAGAGGUAUCAUCACCAUACAACACUACUGCGUCUGAUUCUAUGGGAUAUGUAUCACCAUCACCACCAUUACCUUAUGGUGCUACAGACACAGUCAGAGAAAACAUGUUACAGUGGGCUAGAGAGGAACGACUUCCUUUAUUUAUGAGCACUCAACUAUUCAGGGAAUUGAAAUUAUGUAAAUUAUUACUUCGAGCAUUAGAUGAUAGGAAUUCUGCUAGUCGUGGGUCGAGUCGUCAGAUAAGAGGGUACAGCAGGGAAUCGGAGAGUUUUAUAUCUAGUCUUAGUAUUAGUGGUGAUAAUAGUGCUGAAGACGAUCUCCUCGAAGACCAUGGUAACUGGAAUGAUCUUCGUGAAUUGUUUAAAUAUCAGCGACCAGGUAGUAAGGCACUAAGUGAUCCCAUCAAAGGCUACCUUUUCAGAAAUCAAGGACAGCAGUCGUUACCUACCACUUCUUUUGAAAGUUCCUCCAAAAAUAGAUCUUCUGAUAGAUUUGCUUCUGGACGAUUUGACCAUGUCAGAAGUCCAACAGGAAUGGUGAUGGAAAGAGAGAGGACAAUUACUGGUUCUCCAAGCACUGUUAAAAGAGCAGCAAGAAUCUCAUCACAAGUAGAAGUUAUUCCAUCAGAGGGAUUAUUAUUGGAGAAAUCUGAGAAAGAUCGCAAAAGUUUCUCUUCGAAGAAAACCAAACCCAAACCCCCUACAUCAUCUACAGAGGCUGCUUUUCUUAGAGGAUCACGGGUAUUAUCAGCACCAGUCAACUAUGCAGAAUAUUUCAAAAUACCAUUCUUCCAUUUUGAUGCGUUAUUACGUGAAACACCUGUCCCUACUGGUGAACCAUUUGUAACCUUUGAAGAUGAUUUAGUUAGUGAAGCUCAAACAGAAACUGAUGUCAGAAAUUUAGAAGGCAGAUUAAAAAUGACAUUUCAACAGAUGAAAGAACAAGUUAUUGGCACUUAUGUGGGUAUGGAAUCAUUUAAAGAGUUUUUAAACGACACUACUGGUGUACAUCUAUUAAAUUUCUGGUUAGAUUGUGAAUAUUUUAAAGAUUCUAUGGAAGAUUAUGAUGAAGAAGUAUUUAUUGAAACUAGAAACUGUCUCUUCAGGGAUAUACAGGAUAAAUAUAAACUGAAUCUCACUAAUGAUGCUAAAGAACAAAUAACCCGAGCUGCAAGUAAUGUUGGUUUAACACAUACAAUAUUUCUUCGAACUCAGUAUGAUGUCUUGCGACGUCUGAGAGCUUACUGGAUAGCCAGAUUUCUUAUGCAUUUUGAAAGACAGAAGCCUUUAAGUGAGGAUGAAGAAAGAGCCAUGGUUCAGUUUAAAUUGAAGAAACCAGAACCCAAAAAUAGUUUGCCAUUUUUCCCUUCCAUAUCAUUAGUACAUUCAAUGCCUGUGUGGCCAGAAGAAGCGUUAAAUCUGUCUCGUAUCUCUACGUGGGAUCAAGUAACUAGUCGUAACAUGAAUAGAGAUAUCAAAUCAGCUCGAUAUAGCAGAACAGCAACAUCUAGAUCAACAAAAGAAAGAUUAAUUUUAGCUCUAAGUACAGAUAAACUAGCUGGUGGACCUUUUGCUACUUAUCUUGAAGAUAAUGAUGAAAAUAAUACAGUAUCUAAUCUAUUGUUUUGGCAAGAUGUAAGAGAAUAUGGAGCUAGUGAAGAUAAAUCUGCUGAUAGAUUAUUACGAUUAAGACAUGCUUGGUCUAUAUAUAAUAAUUAUAUCUCACAAGAUAGUCCACACAAUAUAGAUGUAGCUGAAGCAGAUAUAAAUAUACUUUACCAAAAACUAGCAUCUUCCCAAGAUUUUAUAGAAGCAUCGGUGUUUGAUACAAUAAAAGACAAUACUAUCGGUAAACUUGAGAAAGCCUGGAUAAGAUUUCUUAAAGAUGACCUGAAGAUCUUUCUAGACAGAUUACAGCCAUUGCGGAUACCUGGUUCUACAACAUCAGAAAGAGCACUAAGGCUUCAUCACUCUAUCAAAGAGGCAGAAGAAAUAGAUGUAGAAAAACUGGCAGAACAAAGAAAGAAAAAUAAAGAAAAAAGAAAAGAAGCAGAACGUGAAAGAAAAAGAGCAGUGAGAGCUGCUUAUGCUAGACGAAGAGAAGCCAAGUUAAAGAAACCUCCUUCAAGGAAAAAAUCUGGUGUAGAAGAAGGUGAUAUAGUAGAUAAAGUUGGAAAAUUACCAACCUUUCAAGAAAUGGCUUCCAAUAAACAAAUGAUCCAGUUAUUUAAGAAAUAUUUGAAUGAGUUUGAUAGCCGUGAAGUCAGUUAUAUGAUAGGUUUAUAUCAAGAUGUAGAUAAUUAUUUCAAUAGCAAGGAAGGUAAAUCAAGAAAAGAUAAUCAAUCAAAUCAAAUCAACAAGUCAUAUUUUGAUAGUCAAAGUAGAAAACAUGUCCCAAUGCCAGAUAGAGUUAUGGCUAGACUUAGUGUAGAAAAAGAAAGACCCAGAACACCCACUCUGAAAGAUGCACAGAAGUUUGUUUUAAGUAAAAUAGAAGAUAGCUUUAAAGAAUUCUUAAAUUAUCAAGGUGAAGAAUUAGGUAUUGAUCAAGAAGAAAUGAUGGCUAUGUCUGGUGCUGAACUGACUAUGAGACUAGGUAGCGAUGCAGCCAUGCUGUCCAAUUGGAAUAAAAGAAGUACUAAGUCGAAAGGAAAGAAAGCAGCUAAGGAAGAAGAAGAACCUCCACUACCAGAUGCUGUAGUUAGAGAAUUAACAAUAGAAUCUGUAAAUAUCAGAAUGGUAGAAGCACCGUCUGCUAGUAAGGUCAAAAGGGUUCAGGGUCAGGCCAAAUCUGAUGGAGAAAUAACGCCAAGUGAUCGUAAAAAUAAAAUAAGUAAAAAACCGACCAUGCCUACAGUUAAGGAAGAAGGAAAGAGAACUCUUACUAGAGAGAGUAGUUUUCAUGAUGCUCCACCUGUUGUUAAACAUAGAUUACGUAGAUAUAAGCAAACUGGUAGAGCACAACCUAAUAAAAAUGACAUGGCAGACUUCAUUUCUUACUUAAGUCAAGCAGCAUUUGGUCAUUUACCAUUAGAAAUAUUGUAUUUCUACAAAUAUCUAGUCAAACAUGGCGAAGAAGAUGGUUUACCAUUGGUUGAUAGAGAUCUAUUCUUUUAUAUUGAAGUUCAGAAAUUUAAGGAUAUAAGUCAUGCCUUUUCUGAUGAAGAAAUAUUAAAAAGAAAAGUUCAGUCUAUUGUGGAUUGUUUUCUGGAAUCAGUUUAUACACCGUCUUUACAGGUGGAUAUUGGAAGUGAUAUACAGCAGAAGAUAUUAAAAAGUGUACAGAGAUAUAUGGCUGGUAAAGAAUUUAAUCCAGCUAUUUUUGAUGACGCUCAAAUGACAGUGUUUAAAGAACUAUUACCAUAUUGGGCUGGUUUUAGAAAAUCUUUCUCUGAACCAGAGGAUAAAACCAAAAAGCCAAUGACUAAAUUAGAGAAAACCUUAAAGAAAAGAUUGGACAACAUUCAGAAUUACCAGAUACCGUCUGCUACCCUCAAAUUACCUCCCAUUCCUGAAGGGGCUGUGCCAGCUUUUUCUUUAUCAUUAGCUGAAGGCAUUAAAUUCAGGGAGAUUGAUGAUGGUAAUAUGUUAUCAACACCAAUGCCAGAUCGUGGCAGACGACGUUUGUCUAUAGCCCAGAGUAUAGACAGUCGUGCUAGUCGGCGAAUCAGCAAUCAUGAUAAUAAAAAUUUACUGAUGGUUUCUCUCACUGAAGGGUAUCUGAAAGUUCUGGAACUGGCUAUGUUUGUAACACGCCUAUGUUGAAAAGGCUUCUAAAGAGGACAAUUAAGAGAAAUACAUUUGAGUGUUAUUGUUCUCCUUAUUUUGAUUUUCGCUUUUCAUCAGUUUGAGUUCUUAUGUGUUUGCAUCUUGUUGCCUGUUUGUGCCCUGCAAUACUUUACUAAGCUAACUAGUUUACUGAUUAUUAUAUACAAUAAUGGAGAAUUCCAAAUGCCAUACCUAGUUGGGAAUUCAACCAGCUUUUAAGCUUCUUGAUGGAGUCAAGCCCAUUCCAAGCAUCAAACAUGGUCAUUAUAAGCUCAAACUGUGAUAAACUGUCUCUGAUAUUUUAUAUUAUAUUUUGUUUAUGAAUAAAUAAUUAUUUAUGAAUUGAAACUGUGAUAUUAAGUGCUAUGAACAAUAAAAUGUUGAAGUGU